ACGGAAGCCGCUUGUUGAGCCAGACUAGCUAGCUUGAUAGGAGUGAUCGAUGUAGAGUCAGUCAGCCUGCGACAGAAAAAUAAGCGAGGAUAGGUCGGGCAGUACAUUGUCAGCCCAUGUUUAAAAGGGAAGAAACAUAGUGAAACCCGAGGAUAUGUGGAUUUAAGCGUCAUAUUUGUCGCUUUUCCGCGGGCUUAGUUACCAACUGUUCGGUACGGGGCUGCUCUUCUCGGCGUGCUGAGCGUCGCCGCUUGCCCAGUCUCACUGGAGUGAACACUAAGGAGGACUCCAUGAAAGAUGACAGAGGAGGUGAUUGUUGUAGCCAAGUGGGACUACACGGCCCAGCAGGACCAGGAACUUGACAUCCGUAAAAACGAGCGUCUCUUCCUCCUGGACGACUCAAAGACCUGGUGGCGUGUCCGGAACGCCGCCAACCAAACUGGGUACGUCCCAUCGAACUAUGUCGAGCGCAAGAACAGUCUGAAGAAAGGCUCGCUGGUGAAGAACAUCAAAGACACGCUGGGUUUGGGAAAAACUAAGAGGAAGACAAGCGCUCGGGAUGCUUCCCCAACGCCGAGCUCAGACACGGAGUACCCGUCCAAUGGCAGUGGGGGCGGAGGGGGUGGUGGAGGAGCAGCUGAAAGAAUCUAUGACCUCAACAUCCCCGCUGUGGUCAAGUUUGCGUACACAGCAGAGCGAGAGGACGAGCUGAGUCUGGUCAAGGGCUCCAGGGUCAUCGUGAUGGAGAAGUGUAGUGACGGAUGGUGGCGGGGCAGUCAGACAGGCCGCGUGGGCUGGUUUCCCUCCAAUUACGUACAGGAGGAGCUCGGAGGGGCCGAUGACCGAGGGGAGGGAGAUUCCUCGAGGGUCUACCACGGAGGCUCUCAAGGGACUUUGUUGGCCAACGGCCGUGCAGGUGGCCGCGUCGAAGUGCUCCAUUUGGUCCAAACGCUCUACCCUUUCAGCUCUGUGACCGAAGAGGAGCUGAACUUUGAGAAAGGAGAGGUCAUGGAGGUGGUGGAGAAGCCCGAGAACGACCCAGAAUGGUGGAGGUGUAAGAACUCACGUGGCAUGGUGGGCCUGGUGCCUAAAAACUAUGUGAUGGUGCUGGACGAGCGGCCCGACCUGCCGACGUCGAGCUCCCCGCAGAACCGCUUUGUGGCACCGGCGCGCUCAGGGAAGUUCGCUGGGAGAGAUUGGUACUACGGCAACAUCACCAGACACCAGGCCGAGUGUAUACUCAACGAGAGGGGAGAGGAGGGUGACUUCCUCAUACGAGACAGCGAGUCAUCGCCCAGUGACUUCUCUGUGUCUCUGAAGGCGGCCGGUAAGAAUAAGCACUUUAAAGUGCAGCAGUUGGACGGAGCGUACUGUAUCGGCCAGCGCAGGUUCACCUCCAUGGACGAACUAGUGGAGCACUACAAGAAAGCCCCCAUCUUCACCAGCGAGCAUGGAGAGAAGCUGUACCUGGUCAAAGCGCUGCUGUGAUUCACACAUCCUCACACCUACACUGGAUCUCUCUCACAGACACACACACACACACACACACACACACACACACACACACACACACACACACACACACACACAUAGGUUCCAUACACACUAAACACACUUAAUACUAAUGCCACUCCCUAACCGUCUUAACUCAAGCCUUAGCUCUGGACCCUCCCGCUUGUGGCGCCUGUACCACAUCCAGAUCGCACUCACUCCUCUGAGGUGUCAAGUCUGUCGCCCUCUGGUGGCGACUGGGCGAUGCUCUUUCUAGCUGUUCAACCAAGCAGUCAACCCCCGAGACAGUGAGCACUGUGUCAGCCGCUGCCCAGCCGCUUCCUCCACAUGCAGCACAGCAGAACAAGCCUCUGUCUCCUGAAUGUGCUGUGGCCUCAUCCGCCGCUAACAGAACGCCUGAGGCCUUGUUAGGGGUCGAGCUCUCCUUCUGAUGUCAUACAUAAUGUCCAUUUACUAUCACGCACAUUGUAGGUUACACCAUUGCUCUUAAACCACACAGGAGGACAGACAGUUAACAGUUCGAAUAGGACUCGAGCCUCUUGAGGGACUUUAAUCUGGUGUUGUCCUGUCAACUUGCUGGCCAUUGUUUUAUUUUGUUUGUUUAUUUUUAAGUAAAUGCUUCUUCCUGAGUUAACUACUUCUUCUUCUUCUUCUUCUUCUUUUUUUUUUUUUUAAAGCUAAUUGAAAUUCCUAUCGGGAUGUUUGAAUCAUUGCUCUUUCAUACAAUGACUUCACAAAGUGACCAGAGCCACUCUCUUGCCUUUUUUCUCCUAAUUUUCAUCAUUCCGCUACAUGAUUUCUCUCCCUGUUUGAACUUGUGUCUUCUGUCACUUUCUCAAAUUCCUCCGCAGACCUGGUCAUUAGUAGUGAUGUUAUUGAGAAUUUGAACGUGAGACUUUCUCCAGUACAUCUGAGGGGCAGCGUGGGGAGCAUUAAUGCAAUAGGGGAGACCUCUGAUUUCCUGUAGAGUCUGAAUGUUUUUCAAUGUAACCAAAUGUGCCACCCUGUACCCGUACUACUGGCUCCAGGUCUGCACUGCACUCACCACACUUGGCAUUCAUUCAUAGCUCUAUGCUCGUGCUUUAUAUCGUCUCACAUAAAACAUGUCCCUGCCCUGUUCUCCAGUAUGUGUCUGUAGCUACAUGAGGAUACUGACUGAGGAAUGAUUAAAAAAACAAAAACAAAACAAAGCUUCUCUUGGUAACACUUCGGAGCAACUACACUUGAUCUGCUCCAGCUCUUGUGAACAAAUGCAGUUAUGAAAGAGUUCCUCUUCUGAUGGAGCAUUUGUCAAAGAUGAGUGCGUCUUUGCAAAUCGUGUGAUUACACAGAGGAGAAUGUAGCAGGAACAGUAUAAUUGUUCUCAAUUAACUGAACAAUUUGGUGAUUGACUGAGACCCCAAUUAUAGAGUAACACAGAAGGGGCAGCCCUGAGCCCUCCACUAAUGAAUCACAAAUUAUUACUCAUUAUGUCAAUAGAGGAUUUGGAAAUGCACAAUUAAUGAGACACUGCAGCAACAGACUGCAAGGCGACGGCUAUUGACCGCUCGCUAAGUCCCUCCCCAGAGCGGUGAUUUUCCAAUCAUAGUGUAGCAAACACAGAAAUGCAAAGGCAGGUCUCUCUAAAAGGAAGUCAGCGAAAGAGAGAGAGAGGGCAAGUCCCAAGCCUAGAGAAACAAAUUGAAUGAUGUGAUUAUUUGCUCUAACGUCAUUGACCAGUUGGAUGCCUGGCUAACGAGCAUUCUUCAUAACCCAAUCGCCAGAAUAAAAUGUGAGCACUGUAUGUUUCUGCAUAUAUUAGGUCUAGGCACAAAAGCGCUUGGUUAGGGGUUGGGAAAAAUGCACCACAAACGAUAAAAAUAAUCUCAUUUUGUAGUCUUAAACAGUCGUUUCUUGCUUGGCAGCCAUCUUGGCAAAGUCUAAUGCCGGCAAAGGUCCCUCCCUUUCUCUCCUGACAAGAUAGUCAGCACAAGUACAUGUCAUCUGAGCAUGAUAGGUGUCACAUGUUGUAGAAACGUUGAUAUGAAGCAUAGAAAACAUACACAUUUAUCCCAGUCGUGCUUUGCUGAAACGUACAACAAUCUUUUAUUCUGGCAGCUGGCCUGUACCACCUGUAGCAGUAAGGAGACAUCACUUACAACAUUAUUAGCCAGUUGGCCACAGUCAGUGAUGGUUGUCAUUCAGGAUGGCAAAAUCUAUGCGAAGCCAGCCUGGUGUCUGCCUCUGAAAUCAAGUACAAAUGUUGAGUGGUUAAAGUGCCGUCGUUUGCAUCUUAAACCGACGCUGAUGCUGUGCGAGAAUGAAACGCUGGGCAGACGGAGCAACAGAAGCCAAGGGCGGCGGGACUUAACGAUCGAUCAGUUUUCCUCGUCUUGUCCUGUCAGCAAACCAAAUAUACGGUCAUCUGGUCUAUAAUGAAAAAGUACUAGUUCAACCAAACGUUUUCAGUGUUUCUCUUCUUUUGCUAUGUGCAUUUGUUUACCAAUGGAAGUGUUGUUGAUCGCGGGGUCCUCAGCUUUUAUAUGAUAUAUCUGAAUGUUAUUGAGCAUUGUUAUUUAAUUCUUGUCUCCACUGUAUGUAUAUAUUCAAAAUAAGAUGAGGUGCAUAUAUGAAUCGUUAAGAUCAAACUAUGGUACUGUAUCACCGACAACGUGAUGAGAAUUGAAAUACUUUUGUUCAAUAAAAUUUUUUGAAGAAUACUAAAAAUCAAA